UAUAUUAGGAGUUAUUUAAAACACAUUGUCACUGUCUUUGUCAUUGUCAAAAGACAUCCAUAUGGAGAACCUGGGGGAAAGAAAAGGGAAACUUACUCUGCUGUUGGCUUUUGCCACCCUGAUCUCUGCAUUUGGCUCGUCUUUUCAGUAUGGCUACAAUGUAGCUGUUAUCAACUCUCCAGCCCGGGACAUGCAGAUGUUCUACACCAAUGUGUCCGAGAGUCGCAAUAGCACAGUCACCGAAAGUCUGUUAACUCUGCUGUGGUCUCUGACUGUGUCUGUGUAUCCACUGGGGGGGUUCUUCGGCUCUCUCAUGGUGGCACCACUGGUCAAUAAUUUAGGAAGGAAAGGGACCUUGCUGUUCAACAACAUCUUCUCAAUCGUUCCUGCUAUAAUGAUGGGUGUGAGUGAGGUGCUAGGCUCUUUUGAGAUCAUUAUCGUGGGCCGCUUCUUAGUGGGCAUCUGUGCUGGCCUUUCAUCCAAUGUGGUGCCAAUGUAUUUGGGAGAACUGGCCCCAAGGAACCUGAGAGGAGCUAUCGGGAUCGUGCCUCAGCUUUUCAUUACUGUAGGCAUCCUCACUGCCCAGGUGUUUGGUAUCCGAAAUAUUCUUGGCAACGCUGAAGGCUGGCCUAUCAUGCUGGGUCUCACUGGCAUUCCUGCCCUCAUUGAGCUGCUUCUGUUGCCCUUCUUCCCUGAGAGUCCCCGCUACAUGCUCAUUCAGAGGGGUGAUGACAAUAAUGCCAGGACUGCACUGCAGCGUCUGAGAGGAUGGAAGGAUGUAGAAGAGGAGAUGACAGAGAUGCGACUUGAAGAGCAGUCAGAAAGAGCUGAGGGCCAGCUUUCUGUGUUCAAGCUCUUCACCUUCCGCUCUCUGCGCUGGCAGCUGUUGUCCAUAAUCUUCAUGAACAUGGGCCAGCAGUUGUCAGGAGUGAACGCUAUUUAUUACUAUGCGGACAGCAUCUUUUCUUCAGCCGGAGUGAAAGAGAACGACAUUCAGUAUGUAACUGUUGGAACAGGGGCCGUGAAUGUCUUCAUGAGCUUUGUUGCAGUGUUUAUAGUGGAAGCCGCAGGCAGGAAGCUGCUUCUUCUGAUUGGGUUCGGGAUCUGCUGUGUAGCCUGUGUGGUCCUCACUGUAGCUCUCAGUCUGCAGGAGAGCCUGCACUGGAUGCCCUAUGUCAGCAUCGCCUGUGUCAUCAUUUAUGUCAUUGGCCACGCCAUAGGCCCAAGUCCAAUUCCUACCGUGAUUACCACUGAGAUUUUCCGCCAGUCCUCAAGACCUGCAGCUUUUAUGGUGGCAGGCUCUGUGCACUGGCUUUCAAACUUCACCGUAGGCCUGGUGUUCCCCUUUCUAGAGAAAGGCCUGGGGGACUACAGCUUCCUCAUCUUUGCUUCCAUCUGCCUUGCCACGUUCAUCUACAUUUGGGUGGUCAUCCCAGAAACCAAGGGUUCCACCUUCUUGGAGAUCAGCAAGCUGUUUGCUAAGAGGAACAAAGUGGAGAUCGCGAUUGAGGGUGAAGAUUGUAAUAUGCAAGAGGCUGCCAUGACAGACCAUGAAAAGAAUGCAAUUACAACCUUCUAAACACAGGAUGGCUUACUGUGUGUUUUUGUAUGUAUAUACCAGACCUUUAGUGUAGGUCUGAAGCUCAGUACACUUUGGUUUGAAAUCAUAUUGAUACAGCGGGGGAAAUAAGUAUUGAAUGCGUCAACAUUUUUUUCAGUAAAUAAAUUUCCAAUGAGGCUAUUCACAUGAAAUUUUCACCAGGCAUCAGUAUUAACUCAAGAAAUCCGCAAAUAUAAAAAAUUCACAACAUUAAAGUCCAUAAAUAAAGUUAUGUGUAAUAAAGUGGAAUGACACAGGAAAAAAGUAUUGAACACGCUAAGAAAAAGCAGUUCUCCAAGGCAAGGUAAGGCAAGGAACCAGCUGAAGUAAUUAGAAAGUAAUUAUACCUCUUAAUCUGUGGAAAUUAAUAUCUGCUGGGUUAGUAAAGCGAUGGUCUGUAAAAAGGCUUUUCAUUACCAAUGUGUCACACAAGAAACAUCUCAUGAUGGGUAAAAGCAAAGAGCUCUCCCAAGACCUUCAAAACCUUAUUCUUGCAAAACAUAUUGAUGGAAUCGGAUACAGACCAAUUUCAAAACUUUUGAAUCUUCCAGUAAGCACCAUUGGGGCCAAUGUGGAAUUCCAAUUCCGCAAGUGGAAGCAACAUCACUCCGUCAUCAACCGGCCAUGCACAGGAGCUCCUCGCAAGAUUUCUGACCAGGGAGUCAGAAAAACAGUCAGAAGAGUAGCCCAAGAGCCAAGGACCACUCGGAAAGAGCUCCAGAAACACUUGAAGGCAGCAGGUACCAUCGUCACAGAGAAAACAAUAGGCAAUGCACUCCACCACCAUGGCCUCUAUGCACGCUCACCCCGCAAGACUCCAUUACUAAACAAAAGGCAUGUCGAAGCUCGUUUAAAGUUUGCUACAACUCAUUUGGACAAGCCUAUGAAAUACUGGGAGAGUGUAGUCUGGUCAGAUGAGAGCAAAAUGUAACUUUUUGACUGUCAUACUACGCACCAUGUUUGGAGAAGAAAUGGCACUGCAAAUCACCCUUAAAACACUAUAAGAACAGUGAAGUUUGGAGGUGGAAGCAUCAUGGUGUGGGGUGGUUUUUAAUUGCAUGGUACUGACAGACUUCAUAUAAUUGAAGGAAUGAAUGGAGCCCUUUACCGGGUGAUUCUUGAGAAGAAUCUGCUGCCAACCACCAGGAUGAUGAAGAUGAGACGUGGGUGGAUGUUCCAGCAGGAUAACGAUCCAAAGCAUUCAGCAAAGGAAACUCUCAAUUGGUUUCAGAGGGGAAAAUAUCAAUCACCUGACUUGAAUCCAAUUGAGCAAGAUUUAAAGACAAUAUGUUUAGAAGAAUGGGCCAAAAUCACACCUGACUAUUGCAGCUGAUUAACUUCUUCUUACAGGAAGCGUCUUGAAGCUGUCACUACAAACAAAGGCUUCUCCACUAAAUAUUAAAUAAAUUUCAGUUAGUGUGUUCAAUACUUUUUCCUGUGUCAUUCCUCUUUAUUACACAUAACUUCAUUUAUGUACUUUAAUGUUUGGAUUUCUUUAUAUGUGUGGAUUUCUUGAGUUAAUACCAAAGUCUGGUGAAAAUUUCAUGUGUAUAACUUCAUUGGAAAUAUAUUUAGUGAAAAAAAUGUUGACGCGUUCAGUACUUAUUUCCCCCGCUGUAUGUUGUGUCUCCUUUCACUUGGUGGCACUUUGACUAGAACGCAGACUGCAGACUAACCAUAAAGGGCAUCAGGUGUUGAAAAAAGUUGGUCUGCUUCCGAAGGAACAUCAGCUGAAAGCGUAAUUAUAUGUCUGACAUUGUCAGACUGCACCUAGUGUUCAUGUUAAAUAGCCAGCAUAAUUAUAGUAGAACAAAUCCUGGCUCUGCUAGUAUUACAUGUGUGCACUGCAAUUUUACAAGCUGUCUGUCUUGGAACCUGAGAUCAGACCAAGGCAAGUUCUAACAUCUGGUGUAGCGACAUUUGAAUGAAUCGGCAAGAAGUUUCCAUUCUGUUGACAUGCUUUUUACUUAUUAAGUGAACUUAUUAAUGCGUUCAGCUAUGUCCAGCAAACACAAUUAUGUAGUACACACUGUAGUUUCAUUGAUACUGCAUGUAAAACCCUUCAAGGAAACUAAUACCGUGUAAGUAAUUAAAUAACCCUUAAAGAACAGUUUUCUAUGAGUGUAGGUGUAGAAAUCUUGACAAAAAUGGACUAUUUUCUCAUGGUUUUUUUUUCAUAAGAUAGGAUAGCUCAGAACCCCUGAGCUAUCCUAGAGUUUAAUUAUUAUCUGUAUAUAUCAGCCUGUACAGGAUUUCACAGAGUUCUUUUGUGAUUGUUGCAGCCAAAAAUGCUUGGUUUUGCUGCGACCUUUUUUAAAAACUUUAUGCUGCAGAUUGCAGAGUUUUUUGUGCUUUUUUUUGUGGGAAAACUACUUGAAAUGGUGAAAUUGCAAUUGCAUGAAAUUUCAAAGUGAUUUUGCUGGUAAAUGAGACGUUUUAACUGAACUCAUUUUCGAUGCAUGUGAAUUGACGAGGGCUUUGACUGAUUGAGAAUUGUGAUGAUGUCAUAUGAUGCAUCUUGGCCCAAAUCUGCAGAAAAUCUUUGAUAAUUUUGAAAAAUUGCAAGCUGUACCCAAUAUAGCGGUGUUUGCUUGAUUUUGCAUUCAUUUCAGUGAUCACAAAAUCGCAAAAUCCUGGAGGGACUUAUAUAUAAAAUGUAACUUCAAAUCAGUUUUACAUGUUGGGAAAAAAAACAUAUCUUGUAUGUUACUUUAUUUUAAAAACAUGUUCUAUUAAAAUAUGCAAAUAAUUUUUAUAAA